AUGAACGACAAGAACAAGCAGAUCCUCAUCGUGGGAGGUGGUACAUUCGGUCUCUCAACCGCCUACCACCUUGCUAAAUCAGGGUACACGAGCGUCUCCGUCCUGGAGAGAUCCUCCUUCAUCCCAGCCGAGGAGUCUCCCGGCAAUGAUGUGAACAAGAUCAUCCGCGCCGAGUACGAGGAUCCGCGGUACGCCCAGCUGGCUCUUGAAGCUAUCGAUGAAUGGACCAACAACCCGCUGUUUGCCCCUUACUACCACCAGGUCGGCUGCCCGCUCUGCAACUCCCUCGCCGCACUAGACAAGGCGAAGCGGACUCUCGCAAAGUCCCUGUCCUCCAUAUCGAAGCAUCCCGCGUGUGCUGGUAAGAUUGCGCCAAUAAACAGCAGGGAGGAUACCAGGAAGACUUAUGCCCGUGACGACGAGCCUGAUCCGAGGACGAACCUGCUGAAUCUGUGCCCGUCGGGGGCUGGGAUCACGAAUUUCAACAUGGAGGGGGUGUCCCUCCCCCCGGGGAGUUCGCCCUACAUCCCGCCGCACGAUGAGGAGGCCUCGAGGAGGAUACUGAGGGAGACGCUGCGGGCGUUGGCUGAGCCGCCCCUUGUGCAUAAGAAGAUGUGCUGGGUGGCCGAUACGGACGACUCGGACUAUCUGAUUGCCUGCGUCCCGGGGACAGAGGGGCUUAUCGUGGCGUCGGGGGACUCGGGACACAGGUUCAAGAUGCUGACUAUGGUUGGGGGGUGGAUUCGACGGGUGGUUGAGGAUGGGCAGCAGGUUGAGGCGAGAUGGCGCUGGAAGCCGGGGCGGGGAAGGAGUCGUGAUAAUGUGAGUUGGAGGGUUGGAGAGCUUUAUGAUCUUGGAGAGGAGAAGACGCGGUCGAGGCUUUGA